AUGGAGCCAACACUGGACACGGAGCGAGAGGAAACACUUCCACCCACGGACUCCGACACGGAAGCCAAUCCACUCCUUGGGACUACAGGGGCCGUUGAGGAUUUCACCACUAACACUAGAGACAUUCCUGCGGCCCCCGAGGAUCCACAUCAGGCAACGCCUGUAGAGCAGGACACUCUGGAGAGCGACACGGACUCAGGCUUCGACGGAGGCGAUACUGUGGUAUUUCGGUUGGAAGUCAAUCCCAUUUAUCGCCAUCCUCCAGCAGGGCUAAUCAGCGACUUGGACACCAAUCCAGUGUACGAAUACGACGAGCCUCCAGUAUUUGAUCGCGAAACUGAGGACCUCAUAUCAGAAUUCGCACAAGCAACUCGGCCACUUGAUCAUAUCACUCAAACCAAUGGACUGUACGACCCGUUUGCAGUGCAACACAAUAUUCUACCAUUCAUAACACCUCUCUACCCUAAAUAUUCCACACUGGAAAGCAGAAUGAACACAUUCGAUUCUUGGCCCAAAGAUGCACAUGUCUCGUCAAAAGCACUAGCUGAAGAUGGCUUCUAUUACUUGGGACAUUCUGACAUUGCCAUGUGCUUCCACUGUGGCAUGUCAUUAUGCCACUGGGCGAAAGACGAUGUUCCUCCAUUCGAACACGCGACUUUUUCCCCUUAUUGUGGUUUUCUUUUGCGGAACCAUGGAAGAAAAUUUGUGGACCAAGUUCAAAACGUGUUACACUCUGUAAAAGAUGUUCCAGAACAUUUCAGUCACAUCAUUAAGAAGCACUUACCUGAAGAGGUGGUGUCGCAGCACACUCAACAAGAUUUUGCUACUAACUCCUUGAACAACAGUUUUCGUUACUCGUGUGGGUCCUCUGUUUACACGGUUAUUUAUAUUGUUUCCCUUUGUUAUUGUAGUGACGAGCUCCCAGAAGAAUUACUGCCAGAGGAUGACAGCAUGUUCAAUGAUCUAUCAGCCAGGGCUGACAUCAGUAGCGAUGCAUUGGUUGAAGAUGACAGCUUCAACGAAUUUGCAGACGAUGCCCAAGGACCAACCUCCACUCCAAGUUCACGGGCUCGUGCUAGGUUGCCUGGGAAUGCUGGCUCUCCCAGACGCUCUGCCAGGCUGGCGUCACCUGGCAGAUCCCCAACUGCAGAGUCAACUACAAAUUCUCCACGACGCUCUGCCAGGCUCGCAUCACCAAGUGGAUCACCUAAUGCUGGGCCCAGUUCCCCUCGACGCUCAGCCAGGUUGGCCUCACCAAGAGGGUCACCUAAGGCUGGCCCAAGUACACAGUCUCAAAAGAAUUCAGCAAGACCUUCAACAUCUAGUAGUCUGCCCGCACCCCCUUUGCCUCAACGCACAUCACAACAAACUAAGGGAAAGGGAAAAAAAGCUCAACCAAAACCAUCCCGAAUGAAGUGUCCCAAGUGUCCCCCCACAUUAAGUAAUAAAAAGACACUUGAUGCACAUCUUAGGGGGCAUCUCAUGUCAGGAGUAACUUCUCGAGCACCUUCCUUAGAAGAACUUACUCAAGAAAUGUUGCCUUUGAUGAAAGCGGCGUUACAAGAUAUGCUUACAGAGCCCAUCAUCGGGGACCUAAGUCAACUUGUCCAUGAUUAUUGUUUGGGUUUGAAUGAAUCCUUAGAUGAUCCUACCCUUGAUAAUGACCUAUUGUCUCAUUUAAGUCUCUGCUUUAGUGAAGUAUUAUCUGGGAGAAAAGCACUUUUCCCCUCUGCCAUUCGAACAUCAAUGUAUGUGGGCACUAAUAAUUUGUUGUGUUCCCCCGAAUUUAGAAAGACUAUGAAAGACUUUUUCCAACUGUUGAAGGAAUGUGAUGGCAAUGUUCUAAAUGUGUUUUUAGGUGACUUUAUGUGCUCGCUGUCCAGAAAAGUAAUAGUGAUGUGUAUGAAGAAAAUGAGAGGAGGACUAAACAGUGAUGCAGUGCCAUUAUAUACCAAGAGGUCUGGGGAUGAUUUUGAAUCCGUAGAGUUUAGGCAAGAGGUGUACCACAUUUCGGGUUCAAUAGUCAAUGGUUUCUUGUGGAAAGGCGUGCAGUACACAGAAGAUAGCAAGACUUGGGUCAAAUACUGUGCUGUUCUCCGGGAUAACUUGUUGUUCAAAUCAGGGAGUGAGGCAGCCAAACGGUGUUCUGAUGAAGUUCGUCACUUUUCUGAAAGUAAAGAUAGAGGGGGUUACAAACAUGUUAAUGAUGAUACUUUUCAAUUUUUCCUUUCUGUAUUUAUACUUCUUCAUUCUUCUGAGAGUGAAUAUGGGUCUCUUCCUCCAAAUGUGAUAGACAACAGUAUUUUAGUGAGUGAAGUUAUUUUAUGUCUUUGGGAUGAGCUGGUCGGUAAUGAUUUAACUCAAGAUGAGUCACUAGAUCUCUUAAUUCAAAUUUGCCAAAGUUGUGUGAAAGUAACAGUGAAGGGUAUUAUUAAGAGAAGGAUUAACCAACAUUUGAAGAAAGCCCAGAACUCUGUUCCACUACGAGCACUGAUGGCUCCCAAGACAGCCGGCAAGCAGGCCUCGGGGCGCGAAACGCUGAGCUGGGCAGAAUGA